AAGCGGAUGAUACCAACCAAGCAAACUUUGUACAUUUAUCCUCCUAAUAUUUAGCAACUUACUGUGGAUGAUCUCAACCUGCGACACAAGUCUGAAGAUAACUUAAGGUAAAACAUGGCAGUCCCAGGAAAGAAAGCAUCAAAACAAUUUUCAUCAUCAACAACAUCCGUCGCAUCGGAUGAAGAUCUUCAAAUUUACUGCCAGCCUUGUGAUAAGGAAGGACCUAGAAUCUCUGCCCAUGGUUACUGCACUGACUGCAAGGAACACCUCUGCAAGAAUUGUUUUACAGCACACAAAGUCAGUAGGCUUUCCAAACAUCAUACAAUUCAGGACGCUACCAAUAUGCCUAAAGUUUUGCAGCAACCCUCAACACGCACCCACACCGGCCAGUCUGAUGACCUGACGACACCAUGUCCUAAACAUCCACAAAAAAAGAUCAAGUUCUACUGCAAUGACCAUGAAAAAUUUCUUUGCAUUGUUUGUGUUACCCUUGAACAUGAAGCAACAUACUGCAAAGUUGAUUAUAUACCAUUAGACAUUUCUGGUGAUAUAGUAGACAGCAAAGAAUAUCAAGCUAUCUUGAAUGCAGUAAAUACCACUUCUGACAAAUUUCAACAGAUAUUAAAAGAUGUCAAAAGCAUGGCAUACAAAUCGAAUAGCUCCCUCAGAAAUGCAUUAACAGAAAUCAAAAACUUUCGACAAGAAAUCAACCAAAUACUAGAUGAACUUGAGAAACAGGCUGAAGAUGCAGCUAAAGGUAUAGAACAAGAAAACAACAAACAUCUGAAAGCAGUAGAAACAACAUGUGAAGAUAUAGCCAAAUCUCUGAAAACAUCAUCAGAUAACAUCAAACAACUUAACACAUCACAACAGGCCAACAAACUCUUCAUUGAGCUUAAACUUGCAGAGAAAACAAUACAGGAUGUGCAGCGAAAAACACAACAAUCUUUAUCGUAUGAUAUCAAAGAGCACAAUUUUCAAUCAAAUGAUGUAAUAUUGAAUUUCCUAAGAACAGAGAAGUCACUGGGUACAUUGACACAUAAACCUUUAAAUGAAAAAUCUCAAUCUGUACAAAUAAAGUAUAGACAAUCUUUACAUGAGGGAAAGAUCUGCGUGAAGACAUCAAAAGAUAAAAGCAGUUGCUUUAUAACAGGAAUGACUCUGCUGACUUCUGAUCUUCUUAUCAUUAGUGACCGUGAUAACAACGCUAUAAAGAUGGUGGAUACCAGCAGUCAAUAUGUGUUUGAUCAACUACAACUAGAUGAUAGACCAUGGGAUAUCACCACAGUAACCAGUACUAAACUUGCUGUCACUCUUCCUGACAUACAAACAAUACAAUUUAUAUCAAUCUCAUCAAACCAACUCAAAAAGAAGCACACUGUGAAGGUUGAUGGGCAGUGUUAUGGUAUAAACUGUUAUCAAGGUAAACUUGUUGUGUCAUUCCGUACUCCUGCAAAACUUCAGGUCUUUGAUAUGAAUGGCACUUUACUGACAACGAUUGAUGGAAAAAAUAUUUUCGAAUGUCCAGAUAAUAUCACAUGUAACAAAAGUUCUAUCCAUGUAUCUGACAGGGACAUGAAUACAGUGACAAAGUUAAACUGGCAGGGUGAUGUGUUAGGUUGUUAUAGUGGUAUGAGUUACCCUACAGGAAUGUCAUUGUCAGAUGAUGGUACUGUCUUUGUGUGUGACAUGUGGAGAAAUGUUAUAGAAGAGAUAUCAGGAGACUGUUCCACAGGACAGGUGGUGUUGCAUGAUCUAGAGACACCAAGGGCUGUAUGUUGGUGUAAAGAAACAAAGAAGCUGUAUUAUAGCUGUGACACUAUAAGUGGUGACACAUAUAACAUCUUCCUUCACAUCUAUAAACUGUCGUAGAACAAUUCAACUUUAACUGUACUAUCAAAACUAGUAAAUACCUAAUUAAGUGCAUACUUAUGUAAUGUUGUGUACAUUAAACUGGGCGCAUUAUCCGUAAUUGUUUCAAAAACUGAUAAAAACAAUUAAAAUGUUAUCAUUUGCAUAUUUUUUUUUAAUUUUGUUUGGAGAAAAAAUGUUCAAGUUCUUUGUGGUAAACAUAGUAUGAACAUUUAUAUCAUGAAUAAUUAUAAAUUCUUUUGUGGUUUGUUGUUAUAUCUUCGUAUA